CACCCGCGUGCCCGCCGGUUCAGUACGAAACGAAACCCAACUUCAUCAUCGAUUAUUAGCUUAGCUCCACGACGAUAGUAUCAAUUACUACCACCACAAGACGUGCCGACAAACACAGGAACUGAGCCGAAAGCCGAUCGAUCUGCAACAUGCGUCCAGCAAGGGCCCUCCUCGUCUUGUUCUCUGCCGCGGUUCUGCUGCUCGCGGCCGCCGUCCCGGCAGCCAGAGCCCAGGAAGAAACCGAUCGGGAGGAGGAGUUCAGCUACUCGCUGGACGCGGAGAACGGGCCGGCGCACUGGGGCGAGAUCAAGGAGGAGUGGUCUGCUUGCGGCAAGGGCGACAUGCAGUCCCCCAUCGACCUCUCCAGCCCCCGGGUCUCCCUCGUCCGCGGUCUCGGCUACCUCAACCACUCCUACCGCCCCGCCCAGGCCUCCAUCGUCAACCGCGGCCACGACAUCAUGGUGAGGUUUGAAGGGGACGCCGGGAGCGUGAGCAUCAACGGCACGGCGUACUACCUCCGGCAGCUGCACUGGCACUCGCCCUCGGAGCACAGCCUCAACGGCCGCCGCUACGACAUGGAGAUGCACAUGGUGCACGAGAGCGCCCAGAACAAGGCCGCCGUCAUCGGCGUCUUCUACCAGGUCGGCGCACACGACGCCUUCCUGCACAAACUGGAGCCUUACUUGGAGAUGAUAGCGGACAAGAAAGACAGGGAGGAGAAGGUGGGGUUGAUAGACCCCAGGGGCGCCAGGGGCAGGGCCAGCGUCUACUACCGCUACAUGGGCUCCCUCACCACGCCGCCCUGCGCGGAAGGCGUCAUCUGGACGAUCGUCAAGAGGGUUCGCACCGUGUCCAGCGCCCAGCUGGAGCUUCUCAGGGAGGCCGUCCACGACGACAUGGAGAAGAACGCGAGGCCCCGUCAGGAGACCAACAACAGGGUUAUCAGCAUGUUCCGGCCUUAUAAGCCGAGCAAACAUUGACUGAUAGUUUAUUAAUCAGGGUCUGUUCCCUGUUAGUUUGGAUCUUGGGCAAAUGGGGCAGCCUGGGAGAGAUCGAUGAGAUAGCAUAUUGUAUUUGUACAUGGCUAUACGAUUUUUGUAAUUCUUUCUAUCCAUUUCUGUGUCUUUUAUACGAUUGAUGAAUAAAGGAAGACGACUAGUUCAUAUCCGUGUUGA